AUGGAAGCAGUUAAAUGAGAAAUAGAAGCUUGUACCAAUAGCUCCAAAUAUUUUCAUAAAGAACUCGAAAUUAGGAUAUGUGAACAGCAUUUCAAACCUAGUCAGAAGAAUCAGUGAGUGAGGCUUGGGCAACUUAAUGAAGUUGAAGAUGCACUCAGAGUUGUUAAAACAUGUAUUAACAACUUUUGAACUGGUGUAGAAUUAGGAGACAACAUAGCAAGCAUCAAGAAAUGAAAGCAUUUUGCAGAACAAGUCAAUCAUAAAGUGGCUCAAGUAUCAAAAGGAAUAGAAUCUGCCAAAAGUAGUGAUGACCUACAAAGUCAUGAUUGACUUGAAAGUGAAGUCAAAGAUAUUACUUCCGAACUAUACCACUGAGAAUUCUUCACACAUUUUUGUGUCAAGAACUACAUGACUUUGAUGUGUGACUAUCUGAAGAUCGAUCACAACAAAGUCUCAGAACUCAUAAGCCCAGAAGAUGAGAUAAGAAAUUUCAAAGAGAAGUUAGAAGAGAAGGAGCAAGAGUUGGAGAAUAUGGAAGACAAGUACAGACAGAUCUGAGAGCGUAUCAUUAAUGAUAUUGGGCUAGAUACCAAAGAGAGUUUAUUAAAAUCCUAUAAGAUAGUCACCGAUUUAGAACUAAUCCAAAAAAAUGAUCGUGUACUUAUUUUUAAUUGAGAUACUGAAGAAGAUACUGAGUUUAUGAAAGCUAUAGGAGACAAUAUCCUUCCAAAUUGUUCUAGAUUAAGACUUGAUAGCAUUACAAGUGAUGUAAAAUUAUUUAAAAAUUUCAUAUGCUCAUCUUUCCCUGAAACAGUCCAAUGGUUCCAUUUAAAUUGAAAUGGAGAGAUAAUUGAUUGCCAAGAAAUUAUUGAGACUAUCCAUUAUGUGAGCCCUCAUAUAUCACUAGAAUUUUAUAUUUAUAACAUGAGAAUCAGCCAGUUUCAAAUGAAAUAUAUCCUCCAAUCAAUAUGUAAAAACCAAAAAAUAUUCGGGUUUGGAUAUUGCAAAUUUGAAUUGGAUUCAGUACCAAGUUUCCAAUAUUGUCUCGAUGGCUCAAUCAUUGAAUUCUUGAGUUUCUGAGGAAAUGGUCGUUCUAAAUACAGUGAUUGGCAAAAACACCCAGAAAGAUUUUCAAAUCUAAUUGAAGGACUAAGUCAGAGCAAAGAUUUCAAGAAGAACUUUAAAAUGAUUCAAAUGCUUAACUGAGGAAUGAAAAAACAGCAUGUAAGAGGUGUACUCGACAAAUUCGACUUCAAACAAGUUGAAAUUAUAGAACAUUCAGCCUAAUUUCUAAACCCCUUUAUUCUCA